CUGCAGGUUGAUCCCACGACGGUGGAAGAGGCAGAGGAGAAGGAGAAGCAGGUCAAGCCAAAGUCCGGCGAGAAACGCUUCGUCAUCAAGAAAUGGAACGCAGUCGCAAUGUGGUCCUGGGCCAUCUGCACGGACACAUGUGCCAUUUGCCGGAAUAACCUUUACGAGCCUAGCAUUGAGUAUCAGGCCAAUCCCUCAGGUGACCCUGACCACCCUGGCCUGAGCAUUGCGUGGGGAUCUUGCGGGCAUGUCUUCCACCUCGACUGCAUCCAGCGAUGGCUCAAAACAAGGAGUGCAUGCCCGCUCUGCAAUAAAGAGUGGGAGUUCUCAAAGAUCGAGAAAAUUCUCCCGGGAGGCACUGCCGGCACAGACUGA